CAGUAGGGAGAGAUGAUCUGGUCUGGACUUGCUGAAGAUGCUGGAUGGACACGGAGCCCUGGGAUGGAUACCGGUCACUCUCUUGGUGUUUCUGUGCUGCCUGCCCACGCUCGCCUCGGCUUACUUCGGGCUGACGGGUAACGAGCCCCUGUCCAUCCUGCCGCUGAGCGCCCAGCCUGAGGAGAGGUCAGCUAAGUCGCACUAUAAGCUGUGUGACCGGCUGAAACUGGAGAAGAAGCAGCGCAGGAUGUGCAGGCGCGACCCAGGCGUGGCCGAGACUCUGAUGGAGGCCAUCAGCAUGAGCGCGCUGGAGUGCCAGUACCAGUUCCGCUUCGAGAGGUGGAACUGCACCCUGGAGGGGCGCCACCGAGCUAACAUUUUAAAGAGAGGAUUUAAAGAGACGGCGUUCCUCUACGCCAUUUCAUCAGCCGGCCUGACCCACGCCAUGGCCAAGGCGUGCAGCGCUGGACGCAUGGAGCGCUGCACCUGCGACGAGGCUCCAGACCUGGAGAACAGAAAGGCCUGGCAGUGGGGGGGCUGCGGAGAUAACCUUAAAUACAGCAACAAGUUCGUCAAAGACUUCCUGGGCAAGAGGUCCAACAAGGACCUGCGCGCUCGGGUGGAUAUGCACAACAGCAACGUGGGCAUGAAGGUGAUCAAGGCAGGUGUGGAGACGACCUGUAAGUGCCACGGUGUUUCGGGCUCAUGUACGGUGCAGACCUGCUGGAGGCAGCUGGCCCCCUUCCACGAAAUCGGCAAGCAGCUGAAGCAGCGCUACGAGACGUCGCUGAAAGUGGGCAGCUCCAGCAACGAGGCGACGGGUGAAGGGGAAAUCCCCCAGCCGCGCGCCCCCGGACAUCACCAGCUGACCCCAGAACCCCGCCCCUCCGACCCCAUCCCUCGGACCACCGACCUGCUACACAUCGAGGACUCGCCCAACUUCUGUCGGGCCAGCAAGUAUUCUGCCGGGACCGCAGCGCGAAAGUGCUACAAGGACAAGAACUGCGAGGCCAUCUGCUGUGGGCGUGGCCACAACACCCAGAGCCGCACGGUCACGCGGCCCUGCCAGUGCCAGGUGCGCUGGUGCUGCUACGUGGAGUGCAAACAGUGCACCCAGAAAGAGGAGGUAUAUACAUGCAAGGGGUAAACAAACAACAACAACAAAAAUAUGCCCACCCUUUUCUCCCAGUAACCACAACCAGACUCACACUGAGGCUGGGGCAGAAUGAGGAGGUCUACACCCAGAAAGGGUAAACAAAAACAAUGACAACAAUAACAUGGCCCCAUACCCUUUUUCCCAGUAACCGCAACCAGACUGAGGCUGGGACAGAAUGAAGUGUAAACAAAAAACAACACUAACACAAAGAAUAACCUCCACCUACAGUUGCCCCCAGUUACCAGUGGUAACCACACUAAGGGUUUCUGAGACUCUGACUGAGAAUGCAGCAGGUCUAUAUCUUGAAAGAGUAAAUAAAAACAACAAUAACAAGAACAUAGAAAACAGUAUUCAACAAUAGAUGGUAACCAUAUUAAGGGUCUCUGGGACUGGGGUAUAGAGAUGAGGUCUACACCUACAAGAACGGGUAAAAAAGGGUAAAAAGCAGGUUCUCCCCACCCCACAGUAACCAAAUUAAGGGUCUCUGAGAGCGGGUUAUAGAGAGGAGGUCUACACCUGCAAGGGGUAAAGUUGGGGUUACAAACGAAGGGGGGAACAAAAUGUGAGCUGGUGCUGCUAUAUGGAGUGGAAGCAAUGUAUACCUUUAAAGGAGUAAAAAAAAAAAACAACAACAGAAACGUCCCCACCCCACA